AUGGCCUGGGUCAGGGGUCUGUACAAGCAGAUGGAGCCAUAUGUAUCCAAGAACCCAAGAACAGGGUAUGUGAACUACAGAGACCUGGAUCUUGGCAGGAAUGAAUUGGGCGACAAUGUGACCAGCUAUGCAAAGGCUGGAGUUUGGGGGGAGAAGUACUUCAAGGGCAAUUUUGAGAGGUUGGCAGCAGUCAAGGCCAUGGUGGAUCCUGAUGACUUCUUUAGAAAUGAGCAGAGCAUCCCACCUCUUCCUGCUGCAAAGGGAUGGACCUCCAUGUGA